AUGAACCCGCAAUGUUCUAAAUGUAAAGCAGCAAUGAGGAAAUAUAACUACUCCGUCAAAGAGAUAGAACGUAUGCGAAACGACUAUGCAGAUUUAAAGAAAGAAGCAGAGAAACCAGCAGAAGAUAAAAUGGACAUGUUGACAUUUCUGAACAAAAACUAUCCAACAGCUGACGAUUUCCUUCUAUCUGACGUCAAGAAGAAAUAUAAAGAAACCUUCGGCAUAGUUAAAACUUUUGACAUACUGACAGAAGAAAUAGAAGCUACGAAAUUGUUUAGAGUCAUGAACCAUCGCAACAUAUACCAUGUAAAACGCUUGUAA